AUGGCUUGGUGGUCAUCUGUGAGUAAUGUUUCUAAGUUGGCCCACACGGCUCUUAAAGAGGCCCAGCGCAAAUUGGAUAAAGUUCUUGAUAUCGAGGAGGACGCAUCGCAACUAUCGUCUAAUUCCCACGUCUAUUUCGACUUUGAUGGAAAUGCUUUUAAUUCAGUUGAAUCUGCCAAAAUAUUUCCUAAGUUAACUACCUCCCUAGAUACGCCGACUCCAAAAUGCGAUCGUCCAGAUUCAUCUUCUUUCUCCUCCGGAUUGAUGUCUGAGUCGGAAUGCCUCGAUGUGUCUCUAGAAGCUGCUGUCCAUGAAGAGGAAAAACCACAAAGUGCACUGUCAUCAAGCACCACAACCACAGAUCAAGGAAAUACCUGUAGUUCCAUGAAGUUGAGCACUUCUGAAACUCUCACUGCAGAUAUUCCCCCUCAUUCAAAAUCGCAUUUAAGUGAAGAAGAAGAUGAUGCCACUUCAAAAGAAAUUGAGAAAACAAUGGAAGAAAGCAUUAAGGGAGGAGUCGAAUGCUCGUUGGAAAGUCUUCCCAAGGAAGUUGCUUCCAGUUUGUUGAAAUCACGGGUUGAUGAUGAAUCUGGUGGAACUACGACCAGUUCAGAGAUAGAAGUUAUUUCGACGUGUACUUCCGUGUACGAUGAUUCAUUUUCGCACCAAAAUACACUAUCUCCUCGCGCCUACCUGGAUGCUAACGCCAGUGUGGAUGUCUUAUACCAGAAGCUGUCAGGCAUGACCAAAUUGCUCGAAGCUAGGGAAGCAAAACUUGUGGAGAUAUGCCGAUCAAAUCUGUCUCUACAGGAAGUCAAUGAGUUCCUUCAUACCAAAUUAGAGGAAGCUGGUCUACCCCAUGACUUUAACACGUCCGAUCUCCAAUCUCUGACUGAUGAAUUUACUGAACGUCUAGCGAAAGCUGAGAAGAGGCUUCAGGCAGCAACUCGUGAAAGAGACGAGCUUAAAUCUCAGCUAGCUUCUGCAACAAGAUCAAUCGAGUCGAAUCUCAAACGUGUCUACUGUGAGCAAGAAAAUGCCCUCAAAUCGAGAUGUGCAACAUUAGAAAGCACUCUUGCCGAAAAAGAAACUCAGUUAGCUGAUCUGCUCGCAGAGGGUAAUAGAAUGGCUCAAGAGCAACUGAAGACAAAUAAUCUUGUCAAGACCCUGCGUUCAAAGACCAAAACUCUUGAAUCAGAGAAACUAAAGAUUGGUAAUAAUCUCACUAAAGCGCAGACAGAAAUCGACAGCCUGAAAUCCGAUUUAUCCAUCCUUCGUGAAAGUGAGAGUAAACUCCAAGAAUCCUUCAAUCAAUUGACUCGUAAAAAUCUCAAGCUAGAAAAGGAAGUCUCGGAUUUUAAGGCGGAGUUGGACGCCUCCAAGGAGAAGGCGGAAGCUUUGAACCGUGCCAAACUGGCUUUGGAGAGCAAGCUCCUAGAGAGUGCAGAGGGUCUAGCGUCUGCACAAGCUGCCUUGAAUGAAUCGCAGGCUCGUCGGGACGCUAUUCGUGACGUCGAGGAGGAGCAGCAAAGCCUUCGAGACGAGGUGAGUACACUUCGAGCCCAAUUAGAGGAGGCUCGGGUAGCUGCUUCUCGUCAAAAAGUUGAGGCUGACCAGCGACUUCAUCUGGUUCGACAAGAAGUGGACCAUUAUCGCGAACAACUGGCAGAGUCGGAGUCCCGUCUUCAAUCCCUUGGUGAGGCAGCCACAUCCGUGGCCAAACCCCUCCUUCAGCAAAUUCAAUCCCUACAGUCAAAAUUAAAUGACCAAUCGAAGGAGUUUGAGAAGACAGAGCAUAGUCUUCUUUCUCAAAUCAAUGAUCUCAAGAAACGCUUAGAAGUGGUGGAACACAUUGAUCGUCAAUCAAUGGAUCGUCUCAAAGAGGCUGAAGUUGCUGCUAACGCCUUGAGGCUAGAACUCGCCCUCGAGCGAGAAAAUUCCACUCGAUUACACGACAAAAUCGCCAAAUACAAUCUCCAAGCCUCAGCUGAUAAAGGCGAACUGGAAAAUACUUCAUCUUCGUCUCUCUGCUUAGAACGAGGGAGUAAAACCAGCAAAAAAUCAUUUGGGCCAGUGGUUAGAGGUGAUUGGGCUGGGUUCUCUCAUUCACGACGACAGAAUGCCUCAUCUCCCUUUGAUCGCGUACUACUAUCGCUUCACCAACCCACGCUCGCUUUCGGUUUCCACGUGUGUCGUAUUUCACUUCACUCCGAAUUGGACUCCCUUCAUCAACAAAUUGCCGCUCUCGAAGAUUCUCGAGAUUCUGCCAACUCCGCGCUUUCAGCCGAACGUGAGGAAGUCCUCAACCUCCGUGCGGAACUAAGCAAAACCAAGUCAGAAUUAGCUAAUGCUCGAGCUGUUUCCCCCCUCCAUACAACAGCCGUUGCUGCGACUUCGUAUUCUCCGACUCCUUCGGAGGUACGGUCACAGAGGCACUCUUCUUUUAGCUCCAGUUCUGACAUUUUGGCUGUGACUUUACCAGAACAACCUUCACCUUCUUCCCCGUCUCUUCCAAGGCCGUCAGCGACGCCAACGGGACAUUUUGCAAGCAGUUUGUCCUUCCUUCAGCGUCAAUCUGUUGGUCAUUGUGAAAAAUUCGUCUGCAAACGCGAUGUUUUUUUUGGUGGACAGGUUUACCUAGGUCUCGACUACUUCAGUAUUUGCUAUAAACCACCAAACUUACGCAGGACAAAAGGUAGAAUGGCUGAAAUUGACUUUUGUCAUUCUGCCUCCUGUUGUGAUUAUGGGACUGUCUGCUGUUAG